GGAGUUGGAGAUGAACUAUUUGCGGCUGUGGAAGAGACGCUUCGCGCGCGCGGAAAGUCCAACGAAGCAAGCGAGCAGAGGACGCUCCUCUUCCGACAAAGCUCCAACUCGUGGUCGAUCCUCGUCCGCGCCUGCUGGCGCUCGUUCAAGUGGCAAGCAAGUAGACAUUGCGCUACGGUAUAAGAAUUUCCCUUAACUAGACUUUGUGUUGCUUGCUUGUUGUCAUGAUUAUUUAAGUUUAUGCACGGUGUCGAAGUAGUUAUCACGAAAUGGUCGUUAGAGUCAAAAUCUUUGUUGAUAUCCAGAAUCUCAAUCUAUACGAAGGCUAGCCUCAUUUUUGAUUGCUUCUUCUCUAGAAAUGCUUUUCUUGAGCUUGGAUAAUCAUUUCUGAUUGGGAGCAAAAAUUUGAGGAUUGGCUGUCGAUAGUUAUCUCGAUCGUGCCAUACCACGGGAAGCAGCUACAUCUAUAGCGAUUUAACUGAAAAAAAUGAUCAGGCUGCAGCAACAGCGAGUUGCGCGUGCGCAAAUGGUAUACGA